GCUCCCGCGGCGGCGGGUUUGGUGCGACACCGUUCUGACAUGUUGUAACUGGUUUCCACACCCACCGCGCCCGAGAGCGACGGGAAGUACCUGCGAUGAGCCCUGCGCCGCCGUGACUCGCCGCCGCCGCGAUCGCAGCAGCCGGGUCGAGCCGCUCCGGAGGCGAGACCCCACCGCGGGGCACCGGCGCAGUAAGUGGAUACAUUUCAUCAGCUCAUGAAUGGGAGCUUAAGAGACUUUAUACAAAAUAUAUAUGAAAAUGGAAACUUCAUCUUUGCUAUCCUCCUUACAUGAUGAAUGCAGAUCAGACAACUAUAUUGAACCACAUUACAAGGAAUGGUACCGAAUAGCUAUCGAUGCUCUGAUUGAAGGAGGUUUAGAAGCCUACAAAGAAUUUCUUUCCAAAGAGAGAUGCUCAGAGUUCCUAGCGGAUGAGGAAAUUGAUUAUAUUUUGAACAAUGUUCACAAACUUCCCCAAAACACAAUUUAUUCCUCUAACCAUGCCAUUGAUGACACCUCUUCCUCGGGAACUUACUGGCCCAUUGAAUCAGAUGUGGAAGCUCCAAAUCUUGACUUAGGUUGGCCCUACCUGAUGCCUGGAAUUUCUGGUGGCACAAAUAUUGAUCUGCUUUUUCAUCCACCACGAGCACAGCCUUACACUAUAAAGGAAACUAUUCGGAAGAUGAUACGAGAUGCAAGAAAGGUCAUUGCCAUUGUUAUGGAUAUGUUUACAGACGUGGAUAUUUUUAGAGAAAUUGUGGAGGCAUCUGCUAGAGGGAUCGCAGUGUAUCUUCUGCUUGAUGAGUCAAACUUCAGUCACUUUCUGAAGAUGACAGAGAAACAAGGCUGUCAAGUUCAGAGGCUCAGGAACAUGAGGGUGCGGACAGUGAAAGGACAAGAUUAUUAUUCUAAAACAGGAGCAAAAUUCCAUGGAAAAAUGGAACAAAAAUUUAUUCUUGUUGACUGUAAGAAAGUUGUAUAUGGUUCCUACAGCUUUAUGUGGUCAUUUGAAAAAACCAACCUCAGUAUGGUUCAAGUUAUCACAGGACAGCUUGUGGAAUCUUUUGAUGAAGAGUUCAGGACACUGUAUGCCCGUUCUUCUGUUCCUAGCUCAUUUGCUCCAGAACUAGUGCGGGUAAACAGUCGCAGGACGCUCUGGGAUAAUGAUACAUACCAACACUCAGUGUCUUCUUUGGCUUCAGUUUCUAGCCAAAGAAACCUUUUUGGUAGGCAAGACAAGGUUCACAAGAUAGAUCCUGUUUGUUGGAAAACUCGUGGAAGAUAUGCAGUAAAUGAAAUAGAUAAAUAUGGCUUGAGAAAUCAAGCCUAUAAUAAGCAACCCUUUCAUCCAGGUUUUAAUGUGCAAAAUCCAAUCCAGCAAUAUCAACCUAGUGAAAAAAAUGAGCACUGGAAGAGACAUAGUUAUGCUGGGGAAAAGCCAGAAAGGACACCUUACCUGUUGCUCAACAGAGCUAUAAACAGAGCCAACAAUCCAUCAAAUACUUGGAAAAUGCCAUCUGAUAGCCUUAGUAUUGUUUCCUCAUUACGAGGAGGAUAUGCAAAUAACUACAAUAUUCCCCAGCAAAGUUUUGCUGAUCAGUUUUCACGACCGAAAGUAAAUCUUGCAGAAAGAAAUUCAAUUGUGCGGAGGUCUUUUAAUGGGACAGAUAAUCAUAUCCGCCAUCUGCAGCAAAGGAUGCCAACUCUCGAACACACAACAAAGUCAUUCCUACGUAACUGGCGAAUAAAGUCAUAUUUGAAUGAUCAAACAGAUUAUCCGGUAGAGUCUAAUGGGUCAGCUGUGGGUGACAGAUAUGAUAGCUAUGACACAGCUGAAAAUAUGAAAGCUCACGCGCUGUAUUCUCAUUCUCGCUUGCGAUCGUCAUUGGUGUUUCAGCCAACUUUACCUGAACAGCAGGAAGUAAGCAGCUGUGCAAGUUCUUCAAAUUCAACUAUAAUUGGGUCAGAGGGAAGUGCAACACCUAAAGGGACAUCUAAUCAUGCUCCAAGUGUGGAAAAUGGAACAGAUAAUAUUUCAGAAGGCCUUAGCACAAACUUCCCUCUUAAAUCAGAUGCACCAAAAAACCACAGAAUUCAUAUUGCAGACAGCACAAAACCUCCCAUAAAUUCAAAUGCAACUGUUGACACAUCACUUUAUUUGUACACAACACUGUGUACAGACAAACAUUCAGAAAAUCUGAAGAACCUUCAGAAUGAAAAUGUACUCAAAAGGAGAAGUUUUCCCAUGUUUAAUUCAAAGUCCAUAUUGGACCCUGGUGCCAACAAGCAUGCAUCCAAUUAUGUUUACAGCACAUUGACUAGGCAUAGACUUAAGCAGCCAGUUGGUCCAAAACUUCCAGAAGACAUGCUGAAGAGUGCUAAAAGUUUGCACAGUGUGGCCAAUCACUUGCCACAGGAGGAAAAGAACCUGAAAGGAGAGCUAAAGAGCCCAACUGCUAGUAAGGCAAUCUCUAUGGCGGUUCUCACUGAAGUGAGCAAGGAGGAGUCUAGUAAGGAUUGCACAUCAAAGAAAGAAAGUAAGAGUUCCCCAAGUUUUCUAAAGAAAGGAUCCCAGAAAUUGCGGUCAUUUCUUAAUCUCACACCAGACAAGAAGGAAAACUUGUCAAAAAACAAAGGUCCUGCCUUUUACAGGAUGUGUAGUAGUUCUGACACAUUGGUUUCUGAAGAUGAGAAUCAAAAACCAAAGAUUUCUGAAAAUAAGACAGAUUCUUCCCCAAGGAGAAAAAGAAACACAUCAGCAAAUUCUCAAGGGAGCUUGAACAGAAGUAAAGAAGAUGUCACUGGUAGCCCAACAAAGUCUCCAAAGUCACCAAAAUCUCCAAAACCUCCAUCUGAUGAAAGCAAUAAAAUGUGUCCUCUCUUGUGCCCCCUGGAAAGUAAGUUCAUCGAAACUGCAGGAGAUGCAUCUACCCCAAGAUUUAACACAGAACAGAUUCAGUAUCAAGAUAUGAAGGAAAUCUCCACAAAUACCGCUUCUGAAAGUGCUCCUGUUUCUGCACUUCAAAGAGCAAGUUCGGUGACACCGCAGCUGGCAAAUUCAAAACCCCAACAGGAGCUGAGAUCUCGUUUGAGUGAAAGGCGUGUUUAUAGUCGCUUUGAGCCAUUUUGUAAGAUGGAAAAUGCUAGCCAACCUGCAGGAAAUGCAACCAACAGCAGUUCACAUCUAUCAGAUAUCAAAAGCAAGACCUUAGGGAAUAAUUAUGGCAGGAGUAAUCACAUGGCCAGCUACAACUCAACUGCUUACCAUCCAUUGCAGCCUAAUGAAAAUAAGCUGAGAGGAUUUAUGCAAAAGUUUGGGAAUUUCCUACACAAGAGCAAGUAAAACUUUUGUUGAUUAUGUUGAAAUACGGCAAGACUAGCAAAGCUGGACAUAAUCUUAACUGGACAAAGACUAGUGGCCAACUUUUGUACAGCUUGCUUGGGUUUCUUCUUGGGUUUAGGACAUUGGAAUGAAUGUACAUAUUUUUAAAAAUAAUUAUCCUAGAAUUGUAUACUUUAAUCUUUACAGAAAUUCUGUGUCCAGAAGUUGCCUCAAGGAAGUUGUUUAUACUGUUUUUAAUGUAAGAUUAAUUUUAUAUGUUUUCAUAUGAAGAAAAUACAUUCCAGCAUAUUGUAAGAUUAAGCAUGGGGCAAAAAAGAUUCAGUAUGUUUUUAAACUUCAGGUAAUACUGUUUCCAAAGAUUUGCUCUAUAAAAUAGGAUAGCACUAGGAAUAGCGAAUUGUAUUUUUUCAGCAUUUAUGUACACUUUCAAAUGAUAAACACAAUGUUAAUGCAUUGUAUGUUACUUAUCUUUAAACUAAUUUUUGAAAACCUCUUUUAGUUUUCAUCUUGUUAAUAAUUUACCCCAUAGCAUCUACUGAACUGUUUGAGCAGCAGAUGGAUCUAUCUUACUUUAUUGAAUUUUCCUUGUAAUAUGAUAUUUUUCUGAAGUAUUUGGCAUACAGAUCUGAAAGUGACCUUAAUCUGAGCUUUCACAGACUUGUUUACGUGGUUAAACUAGUGUGAAUGUAGAAUGAACGUUAAAAAAACCUAUUUAUAAAAAAGGUACCUUGAACAUAACUUGCAACUGGUUUAAAUUUCAAUGGGUUAAUUGCAUUUGUAUAACAUGCCAGUAUUCUGUAGAGUAUUCUAAAAAAAAAGCUUUUUUGUUAUGUUUUUCUAUUUGGUGUUAAAAAAAAAUUGUCUAUGGACUUCCAUUUCUCAGGUAAGUUUUUGAGUUUCACAUGCAACCACCUGUUUUAAAUGUUGCCAGAUAUAUUUGCAACUAUGGCUUUAAUACCUUAUUUUUUAAAUAAGAGGAGAAUUUUUAGAUUAGGUGUACAAGGGAGAUUACAAGCUCAAUCCUGCAAUGCAGCCUUAUGUCAGGAUGAGUAUUACGGGCCAUGAGCAAUUAGGCAGCUUAAACUGAGAUUCAUAAAAGUAACCACAGCAAAUGAUAAGGCACCUUUGCUAAGCCAAAGAAGGUAUCAGUGAAGGGUAUAGUAGCAAAUGUUUAACUUCAGUGAAGGUAUUUAGACUCCUAACUGCAGUCUGAGGAACACAUUUUGUUUAUCCGAGCCUCUGUAUCAUAACAAAUUUCCCAAUAAUAGCUGACUGCAUGGUAGUGCUUACAAAAAACACAGGCAUGGGGUUAUGUUUGGGCAGCAGCAUGGAAUCCACUUCUUUUCUGCAGUGUGCAUCCAGGGCUUACGCCCUCGUGGAUGUGGAGUUUGUGUCUUAGAAGGACUCCAUAACCAUUUACCUGACAAAUAUUCUGUGACAGUUUUGUUCCAAAUUCAGAUUUUUGGGAAAUUUCACUACUGAAGGCUCAGAAUUCUUAUACAGGGUCUUUGUGUUCCAGGAGCAUGUUUUAGGAGACAGUUUCACUCUUAGAUCUGAAAGGUCCCACAGUGUCCUAUGGAAGAGGUCUUAGCUUCGUUCUUUAGAAAGAAAUACCAAAAGGGCAUUUCAUGCAUCAGCUGGGUGAAGUUCAUUUGUCUUAUUUGCCUGUGGCCCUAGGAAAAGAUUCUGUAUGUAAAUCUACUUCUCACUGAGAAACUGCUCUGGUUCUUAUGAAGUCACUGUAGUUAUUGAUUUCAGUAAAGCAGUGUCAGCUUUUUAUUCAAACUGUUUCUCGGACAACUUUAUUAGGCUGAUGCAUCGUAGCAGUAACUGUUUCACUGUGGGGAUAGUAUUUAUUUUUGAGAUCCUGUGUCUCGAUCUUCUGCUGGAAGUUUAGGUCUCCCCUUUACCUGUGAUCACAGAAGAUUUUGUGAAUUUCUUGAUGAACACUGGCGACUUUGUUCGCUCCUUGAUGAAACACUGUAGUUAAUAUUUUUCCCAAAUGAACAUUUGUACUUAUAUAUGCUAUCCCAAGCAAGGUAACAUUUUCAGCCCCUAGACAAGGAGUGUCUUAGUACUCCAGGCAUGUUCCCAACAUAGGUACAACAUACUUCCACACCUAUGCAGCCAACAGCAAUGCCCUACUGUACUUUUUAAAACUCUUAAUAUUUUCUAACUGGGCAGACAGUUACCCAGGAUAGUACCUGAAGUGACAGUGCAGGUGGUGCUAAAAAUGGUGGGGGUAGGUUUUAGGAGGAUCUUUAGUUUUCCCUCAUACUCUUAAAAUCUCUGACAUGUGCCUGUAGGCAGAACUAUAUUUGAGGAGGAAAUGAGGGAGGGAGAACAAGGGUCUUGGGGCAAGUUUUGAAGUGACAGUGCCUUCCAUUUUGUAAUAAACUUUGGGAAAUCUAUACUGAUGCAAUUUGGAAAUAUUUUACUGUAUUUUUCAAAAUAGAUUGCUAAUUAGAGAAUGCUGAGAUGGCAGAUAUUUUAAUUUACCAAGUCAUCUGUGUUUAUUUAUAUUGCUAUUUUGUACCUGCACAGAAGAUUUAAGAGCCUUCAGUGAAGAGCCUGCUCAUAGACUUGAUAAUGUAAAAAAAAAAUCUCAGUGGAACUAGCUUUUUUUUUUCAUUUUCAGAUCUCUUUUCAAAGAUCCCACAUAGGAAUGUUGCUACAUUAAUGCUUGAUCCAAGGUUAAUUGAAAUUAAUUCCACAGACCUCAAAGGAAGUAGGAUCAGACACUUAAUUGCUGACAUCACUAUUUUUAGAAAUGUUACAAGACCCAGUGGUGCUUAGGGAGCACAAGGCUUUGUCUGACACAAUGGGAGGAGAGGUCUAAUGCCCUGCCAGCCAUUACAGCUUUGAAGACUGGGAAGGACACUGGGGAGGUCCACAGGUGCUACAAGGACCAAGUGUUCAUUUGUUCCUUCCAGAAUGUGUGUUAAAGGUGGGAAAGUGCUCACCCAGUACUGUCUGAUAUGCCUCCUGUCUCUGUGGAAACCCAGUUGUCCACAAAAUAAAAGCAAAAAUAAGGGAAGAAAAGGAUACUUGCAUCAGCAAAGAAGAAGGAUGUGCGGAUUUCUAGAGGGAAAAGUAGGGUUUAUAUUUUUGAAUGUCUUUUUCCCAAAGCUUGUCUUGAUGUUUCUGCUUUUCGAAGGAGAUGCAUUUUAUUCAGUGUGCCCUAAAUGUGCUUUGCACAUUGCAAGUUUUACACCCUGCACACAGCCAAUGCACUCCCAGCUUUGUAAGGCUGUGAAGUAAUGGCUGUUGUGGUGCGUGAUGGUCAUUUGGCCAUAUGGCUUGGGAGUUGUGAAACCCAUAAAAAAUGUUGCAUCAUUUCCACAUUAAAUAAAACUCCAUUAGCGCCGAAAUAGAUCUCUCAGGGUGGCUGUGCAAAAGCUGAUCAGAGUUAUACAAUGCUGAGAGUGGCCCUCAGGAGCACCAUCGGUAGUAGAGGGCAGUGCAGUUAGGAGAUCCAGGCUCUUCAUACAGUGCCCCUUCAAUUUGCAUCAUAAAUAAACCACCCCUACAUGCAGUCAUAAUACCCAGUGGAUAAAUUGCUUUGUUUCUUCAGCCUCAUAAUAAACAGCUUUUCCUGCCUCUCAGAUUGCAAAAUUGUUGAUUGUUCUCUUAUUAAUUACCUUGCACUGCACUCUUUAUUCAUGCUAACAAACAUGAAUUAGAUGUGAAGAAAUUAUAAAUUAAGAAAAAGUAAGUUUCCAGCUGUCUAAUAAAUGAGGGUAGUAGUAUUUGUUACAAACCUUGAGAGAAACAAAAAGCUUGUCAGGCAAUAGGUGUUCAUGCAUAGCUGAAAAAUUAUUAUUCAGAGAAAACAACAGUUUGAUCGUUUUUCAGCUUUCUGAAGAGUAUUUGAAAAUGUGAUUUAUAAGACAUAAGAAAAAUAAUACUAAAGUCUGUUGCAAGACAAUGUAAAAAUAAAAUUUAAAUUGGCUCUACUAAGCUGUAUGAUAAAUACAUUUUUUUUCAUUUGUGGGUAAGCUGUAAAACCAACAAGUAACUUUGCAACUGUGUGAGAGAUCAGUAAGGUUACUGUGGUACUUACUGUAAUUCAUCCUUCAUAUCAAUCUUGUACAGCACAGUGCGGUAUUGGGGUUUUUUUUAGUUUGUUUUCAUUUAAGUCAGAAGAGUUAGAGCAACAUAAAGGUGCAGUAGUUCACGGGUAAUUGAAGCAUGUUCCUCCAAUUUUGUCUUCACUUGCCUAAGUAGAUAUUCCAUUAGCACCCCAGUGACAAGAGAGGAGAUUGGAAUGCUCAGAAGACAGUCUUGCCAUUUCACUCCUUAUCUCAGAGAGGUGCUUACUGAUGUCUGGGUACUUUUCUUUAGGGUCUGAAAUUUUUCAUAAUUUUCAACUCUAAGAGUUACAGUUAGGUCUACAUUUUUCACAUUUUGACAUGAUGCCAAAGAUGUUGCAUGUUCUGAGAAUGCUUUUCUGUAUUGAGAAACAGGAUGGAAGAAAACAUUUUUUUUUGGAGAGCUCAGAACAGAGCUACUUUGCUCUUAAGCAAAGCUAGUAGUUCUGAGUUUAGUUUUAGUGAUGCUGACUUGUGCUCCAGACCUUUCACCAGUUCUGUUGCCCUUCUCUGGACACACUCCAGCAUCUCAAUGUCUUUCUUGUAGUCAGAAGCCUAAAACUGAACACACUGUUUGAAGUGUGGCCUCACCAGUGCCAAGUUCAGGUGGAUGAUCACUGCCCUGGUUCUGCAGGCCACAAUAUUGCUGAUCCAGCCUGUCCAGAUCCUUCUGCAGAGCCUUCCAACCCUCCAGCAGAUUAGCACUCCCAGCCAACUUGGUGUCAUCUGCAAACUGACUGAGGGUGCACUUGAUCCCCUCAUCCACAUCAUCAGUAAAGAUAUUAAACAGGACUGGCCCCAACACUGAAACUUGGGGAACCCAAUUGUGACUGACAACCAGUGGGAAUUCCGUUUGCCAUCCAGACAUUUUUUUACCCAGCAAACAGUGCACCCAUCCAAGCCAUGAGCAGCCAGUUUCUUCAGAAGAACGCUAUGGGAAAUGGUGUCAAAGGCUUUCUAAACUCCAGGCAGACAACAUGCAUAGCCCUUCUCUCAUCCACUAAGCACGCCACCUUGUCAGAAGGAAACCAGGUUCAAGCAGGACCUGCCUUUCCUAAAGCCAUGCUGACUGGACCUCAUCCCAAGUGUCCUGUGCAUGCUGUGUGAUGGCACUCAAGACGAUCUGUUCUAUAACCUUUCCUACCACCUAGGUCAGAUUGACAGGUCUGUAGUUUCAUGGAUCCUCCUCCUGCUCUUUCUUGCAGAUGGAAAUCAUAUUUACCAACUUCCAGUCACCUGCGACCUCCCCAGUUGGCUGGUAAAUGAUUGAAAGGGACUUGGUGAGCACUCCUACCAGCUCCCUCAGUACAGUUGGGUAGAUCGCAUCCAGCCCCAUGGACUUGUGUGUUUCCAAGGGGUGGAGCAGGUAGUUCACCAUUUCCCCUUGGAUUAUGAAGGCUUCAUUCUGCUUCCUGUCUUUCAGAUCAGGGGGUUGGGUACCUGGAGAGCAAUUGGUCUUACUAGUAAAGACUGAGGCAAAGAAGGCAUUAAGUACCUCAUCCUUUUCCUCAUCCUCUGUAACUGUUUCCACCCACAUCAAAGAAAGGAUAGAGAUUCUCCUCAGAAUGCUGGUGUAUUAUAGAAAGUUUUUUUAUUGUCUUUUAUGGCAGUGGCAAGAUCAAUUUUCAGAUGGGCUUUGGCCUUUCUAAUUUUCUCUCUGCAUAGCCUCACAUCCUUGUACUCCUCCUGAGUAGCCUGCACCUUCUUUAAAAAGACAUAAAAUUUUUUUAUAUAUAUAUAUUUUUGCAGACUUUUAUAAAAUAUCUUUGUGUAUUUCUGGAUGAGGAUCUGGUUUACUAAAAAUGACUUGACGUCCCUUCAGAAGAAGCUUCUGUGAAGGCUAUGCAUCUUUCUAGCACCAUAUAUAUUAACAUUAUCUAAAAAUUAGAUGGGUAAGUCCAAAAGAUAGUUGAAGGGAAAAAUAAUAAUUUCUGAUGAAAGGGCCACAAUACAUGCUUAUUUUGGUAGUGUUGCUUCCAUAUGUAAAUGCAGCUGGGAAAAAAUUGCUUCUUUUCUCUCCAGAAUACAUAACAUUUAUGACAAUUAAAGUAGAAAUAUUUGUAAGACUAAGCACCAGUGGCAAUAUUUUAUUGUGUUUGAGAAAUGACUGCAGCUAAUUAAUUAGUAUUCAAACACAGGACUCUUACAUGUCUGUUGUACAUUGUCUUUCUUGCCUCAUUUAGCAAUCAACAUUGUCAAAAUUCAGACUGAUUGUCUACAGCUUCGUAAGCUCUUGAAUAUUGCUCUAAAAAACUGUUCCAACGAGGCAUUAAAAACAUGCUUAGCUUUAUAAACUAGGCAGUCCCAGGAUAAAGCAUACCAGACGUGUGUUUUGUUAGGUUUUGGUAUAAAAUAAUGACAGUGUAGUCCUAGCUGGUGUAUUUUGGGUAACUAGUGACUUAUAUAGUUUUGAGUCAUGUUUGAUUUUGACCCAUUGCAACACCACAUUUGGACAUCAUAUCUGAUGACGUUUCUUUCAAAUAUCACAUGCUGGUGUUAAAAUAUCAUUAUUCUGAUUUCAGAGUUUAGAUCAAUCUUCUUUAGAGCAGAGUUUGUGGAUCCCUGAUGAUCUGUAAGAUUUCAAAAGGGAAAUGAAUGUGGUUCAAAUUACUAAUAAAACAACCAGACAAAACUAAAAAGCAUUUGAAAAUAUUUCCACAUACAGCAAAGGAAACAAGUAAAAUUGGAGGACGAAGUCAGAAGUGAAUAUUCAUAAUGUACAUUUUACCAGUUGAAAGUGAAAACUGGUGCACCAAGACUGCAGGAAAAAUAAUAAUCAGGUGCUCUUUGAAUAAAAGAAUCUGAGAUGAUCAAGAUGAUGCAAAAGAAGCAUGAGAGAUGCUACAAACACAAAAGACCCAGAAUGGAUAUUCCUGGGUAACUUUGGAGGAUAGGGAACAUGGGAAAGGAAUUCCAUCAAGUUGUUUUCAGUACUGACAAACGUAAAAGACUGUGCUGGUUUCAUUUAAAACUACUUGAUAUGUAAAUCCUUUUUUUCCUAAAAUGGAAUUCCUGGAUUACAUAGCAGCUAUGUUACGGAUAUACUGUGUAUGUACAGAUACAACCCAAAAAUUGUCUUAAAUAAUUUAUUACAUUUAUUUUUUACCAAAUAAAGUGUUUCUUUUAAAGCU